UCCCAAUCUAGCCGGCAGACAUACUGUGUUCUUCUCUCCAAGCCGGCCCGAGUGACGCCAAUGGAGAUUGAGAGAGAAACACCAGGCAGCGACAGAGGAAAGAGCUGGCGGUCCAACACGGCGCAAGAUCAGGACGCUAAGAACCUUGAAGAAAGUUAUCAGUUCAUUAAGGAGCCAGCAUGGAAAAGGUUCCUUGCUCAUAUUGGACCAGGGUUCAUGGUGUCUCUGGCCUACUUAGAUCCUGGAAAUUUGGAAACUGAUCUGCAAGCCGGUGCCAACCACAGAUAUGAGCUCCUUUGGGUGAUUCUGAUUGGUCUCAUCUUCGCACUGAUUAUACAAUCACUAGCGGCUAAUCUUGGCGUGGUGACAGGGAAGCAUCUCGCUGAGAUAUGCAAGAGCGAGUAUCCAAAGUUCGUGAUGAUCUGCUUAUGGCUCCUUGCAGAGCUAGCGGUUAUCGCUGCUGAUAUCCCAGAAGUUAUCGGGACGGCCUUCGCUCUGAAACUCUUGUUCCACAUCCCCGUGUGGAUCGGGGUUCUCAUCACCGGCAGCAGCACGCUCCUCCUGCUUGGCCUCCAGAGAUACGGCGUACGCAAGCUGGAGUUCGUGGUGUCUAUGCUGGUGUUCGUCAUGGCGGCGUGCUUCUUCGGUGAGCUGAGCAUAGUGAAGCCUCCGGCCAAGGAGGUCCUGAAAGGGCUCUUCAUCCCCAAACUCAAGGGAGACGGCGCCACCGGAGACGCCAUUGCCCUCCUUGGGGCUCUUGUUAUGCCACACAACCUGUUCUUGCAUUCGGCUUUGGUGCUCUCAAGGAAGACGCCGGCGUCAGUAAGGGGAAUCAAGGACGCAUGCAGGUUCUUCCUCUACGAGAGCGGCUUCGCGCUGUUCGUUGCACUGCUCAUCAACAUCGCCAUCAUCUCCGUUUCCGGGACUGUCUGCUUCGGGGAGAACCUCUCAGUGGAAGACGCAGACAGAUGCAGCGAACUCAGCCUGGAUAACUCCUCCUUUCUCCUAAAGAACGUUCUCGGCAAGUCCAGCUCGAUUGUGUACGGCGUGGCGCUCUUAGCCUCAGGGCAGAGCUCCACCAUUACCGGCACGUACGCCGGCCAGUACAUCAUGCAGGGGUUCUUGGACAUCAAGAUGAAGACAUGGCUUAGGAACCUGAUGACACGCUGCAUCGCCAUUGCGCCGAGCCUAGUCGUCUCCAUCAUCGGCGGGUCAAAUGGCGCCGGACGUCUCAUAAUCAUAGCAUCGAUGAUACUGUCGUUUGAGCUGCCAUUUGCACUCAUCCCGCUUCUAAAGUUCAGCAGCAGCAGCAGCAAGAUGGGACCACACAAGAACUCCAUCUACAUCAUCGUUUUCUCCUGGACGCUCGGACUGAUGCUGAUUGGCAUCAACGUCUACUUCCUGAGCACAAGCUUCGUUGGAUGGCUCAUCAGCAACUCGUUACCCAAGUACGCCAACGUACUCGUCGGCAUCGUCGUGUUCCCGCUAAUGCUCGUCUACGUCGUUGCCGUCGUCUACCUCACCUUCAGGAAAGAUACCGUAGUUACCUUCGUCGCCGACUCCUGCAAGGCCGACACGGAGAUGGCAGCCGGCGUCGGUGUCAAGAUCGACGACGACGAGUCCGUACCGUACCGUGAGGACUUGGCAGACAUACCGCUCCCGGCCCACGCUAGAUCAGACUAGCUAGUUAGCAGUAGAAGGUUUAUAUUAAUUAUUAUAGCCAUACGUAUUGUCGUCUCGUAUUGUCUUGUGGAUAUACUAUAUCUUUACUACUCCCUUCAUCCUUAAAUAUAAUAUACAUGUAAGUUUAGUCAAGUCAAAUACUCCCUCCGUCUAAAAUCUAAAAAUAGGGUGUCUCAAUUUUUUCUAGAUACGGAUGUAUCUAUAACUAAGAUGUGUUUAGAUACAUCCGUACGACCGUACCUAAACAAAACUA